AUGAAGCCGGUGGUUGCAUCCGGUAAAGCCUGGUUCUGCACGGUUGUGUCCGCGUUUGGUAUUGUCAUUCUAUCCGUCAUUGCGCAUUUAUUCAAUGUGGGUCACGAAACGUUUGUCGGGUCCAUAAAUGAUCCUGAGGACGGCAAAGCCGUUGCACACACAGUUUUCCUCGCCGUGUUGGUCUACAUUGUGUUUUUCGUAUUCUGCGGCUCUCAAAUUUGGCUGGCCAAGAAAAACUCCUCCAUCGAGUUGCGUUGA